AUGCCACCUCAGCCCAGCGGUAAAGCUAUCAAAAAAGCUGGAAAAGCCCAGAAGGCCGUCCGCACGACUGACAAGAAAAAGAAGAAGCGCAGGAGAAAGGAAAGUUUCAGCAUUUACAUUUACAAGGUGCUGAAGCAGGUGCACCCCGACACGGGUGUAUCGAGCAAAGCUAUGUCUAUUAUGAACAGCUUUGUAAACGAUAUCUUCGAAAGAAUUGCUGCAGAGGCUUCUCGUCUGGCGCAUUACAACAAGCGUUCCACAAUCACCAGCCGAGAAGUGCAGACCGCCGUGCGACUGCUUCUGCCGGGCGAAUUGGCCAAGCACGCAGUCUCUGAAGGAACCAAAGCCGUGACGAAGUACACUUCAUCCAAGUGA